GGGGGGGGGGGGGAAGGCCGGGGAAGCUCGCUGUUGAGCACCUAUCUACCUGGCCACGGUGGAAGAGGCGACAGGUUGCAGGGAGUAGAGCAGGGGGGUCAAGGGCGCCAUGGGCAUGCUGUUCUCCUCGAUGUGGGACCGGCUGAAGGGCGGGCCGAAGCAGCACAAGAUCGUGAUCAUCGGCAACGCCAACGCCGGCAAAACGACGACACUGUACAAGCUGGUGCUGGACGAGGCGAUCGAUACAGCACCGACGCUGGGCUCCAAUGUGGAGGAGCUGGUUUACAAGAACAUCAAGUUUGUGAUGUGGGAUCUCGGCGGGCAGGAGUCACUCCGCAAGACGUGGGCAUCGUACUACACCUCGUCAGAGGCCAUCAUCCUGGUGGUCGACUCGACCGAUCGCGAGCGUAUGCAUCUCAAUCGCGAGGAGCUGUAUAGCAUACUCAACUCGGAAGAGCUGCGCUCGGCGUGCAUCCUCAUCUUUGCCAACAAGCAGGACGUCGCCGACGCGCUCUCAGUCUCGGAAAUCUCGCGCGAGCUCAACUUGGCGUCCAUCAAGACCCAUCCAUACCACAUCCAGCCGUGCUGUGCCCUCUCUGGCGACGGCCUGCUCGAGGGCCUCGACUGGAUCACGGCCAACAUGGCGAGCGGGUAA